UCAAGAGCUGUGAUCCAAGUGAAAACUGGAGUUGGGAUCCAGGCGAUGAAGUAAGGGUCCAUCCAAACAACACGCUGGGGUCCACAACUGGUCCAGGUGAAGAGCUUGAAUCCAAUCGACAGGCAGGUGGAACAAAACGUAAGUAAUUUGGAGGGUUUGACCCAGUGGUGGAGUGAUCAGGAACCUGGCCCAAAUUUGAAGGACGAUAAUUGUACCCCAAAUGAGGCUAGUCUGUCAGUGAACACUUUUUCGCCAAGUAGUGCUACAUUACAAAAGCUAGUCUCAUACUACCAGCUGAUGAAUUUAAUCAAGUGUCACAGGAGUGAAUCAGGAGUGAAUCGGAAAGACAAAUUGGAAAGAGAAAAAUCUCAAGAUGAGGACAUGUAUGGACCAGAAGGAACUCUUGGAGAAGAAGAGUUUUCACCAUAUAACUUGAAAAGAUUAUGCAUGAAGUUGAUGAAAUUGCAAGAGUUUCCUGCAAAGUAUCAGAGUAUGAUGGAACACAUAAGCACCAGCUUAGGAAGUUCAUCAGUUGAUGAUACUGUAUCAACAUCAACUUGUAUCUCGGCUCAAUCUGGAUUGACAACUGGGGGAAGGUCAAGCUGCUUUGUUGGCAUCCACAAUAUCAAGUUGCCUCCGACAAACCUGUCAAAACAAGCACUUCAAGGAAGAGAUGAUUCCAUAAAUCAACCAGUGAUGUACUAUGAAGAGUCUCCUGUGACAAGAAAUGACAUUGAAGUGAGCCAUAGGCAGGAUGGAAAUAACACUUACCCAUUACUAACUGAAGGUAGUUUGUCCUUUGAGCAAGCUUGUGGCCCUCCAACUCACGUUGAUGUCAUUAAAAUUAACAAAGAAAGCAGUGUCCCUGAUUUAUAUUGUGGUAAAUCAUGUAGUUCAGUUCCAUCUGUGAAUUCAACACCUGAUGAAGUAAAAUGCAUUGAUGAAAAAGAGAAUGAAUGUGAAGAGGACAUUAUUGGAGAACAUGAGUGUGUAGCUGUGCCUCAGGUACUCAUAUCCAAACAGUUGCAUCCUGCAACUCAUGAAAAUACCGAGAUAAAAAACAGUCAAGGUAGUGAGUGCACCUUACUACAUAAAAAAAGCCCAUAUAUGCCAGGCUCUGACAGUGUACAUGACCAGCUGGUGACUGCACAUAGCAGUCUACAUUUUGGGGCUGAAGGUGUUCCAAAGGUCGAAUGCCCUGUUUGUUUGCAGAAUUUCCCCACAGACACUUCGGAAGAAACAGUAACAACUCAUGUCAAUUUGCAUUUUGAUGAACAAUUAAAAAACAGUCAUAGCUUUGAGAUUUUAAAUAACCAAUCUCUCCAUUGACUUAUUUUUAAAAAGAGCACUGCAACCAAAGACUAAUGUAGAACUUUGAAAAUCUAUUUAGAAUCUACGUAAAAUGGUGCACUGAAUUCAGUUAUGUGAAUUUGCUUUUAAGAUAAUAAGAAUAUGUAUCCAGCAUUUUUAAAGUGACUAUAAUAAUACACUGUCAUUUUCUUCUCUGGGUCAAUAGUUUAUAUUUAAUAUAAAGCUAUUUGCCUCAAUUCCUUGCCCACUUUGCAGGGAUCUGUUCUGAUUGAUGAUCAACACAUGAAUGCAUCCAAAGAGAUCGAUCGGUGUAACUUGUAUUUAACUUGUAACUUGUACUUGGAACUUGUGUUCCUUUUACAGUGUGGGACAAUAUAUCCAAUGACAUGUGAUCAAUGACCCACCAAUAAGAUGAAGGGGAUUAUUCAGGGAUUGAAUAAAUUGCUUUUAUAAUGCCUAACCCACAGAUUCUGUCUAAGCAGAUCACAUUGUAUUGGCUUUUGGCUGUGUCGGCAACUUGCCGAAACAGCCAUUGUUUUUCUGAAGAUUAUUAUUGGCUUUUCCGCAAAAUUGCAAAAUAGCCUCUUUUUUUGUUCUGAUUUGAGGCUUUUCCGCAAAGUUGCUUAAAAGCCUUUGUUUUUGUUCUGAUUUUUUUCUUUUCUUUUUCUUUUCUUUUUAUUCCAACUCAAAUCCCAUAGACUUUGGAUACGUUUUUCAACAAUGGCAUUGUGGACCUCAAACUUGUAUUCCAAUGAAACCUAACCGAUGUAAAGACCCCAUAGCAGUGUUGUAGUGGAGUACUUUUUGCCGAGUACUGCCGAGUACCUAGGUUGCGAGUACUUGUGCUUCCGAGUACAAGAACAGGUCUCCGAGUACAAGUACUUGUUUUCCGAGUACGAGUACUUGUAUUUCCGAAUAUGGCACCAGGUACAUUGUGCUUGAAGCCUAAAAUUGUGUGUUCUGUUAAUCACUUGUGAUGCAACUUAGGGUUCGUCUUUGUAAGCUUUUUCAAUUAUUUGAAAUUGAGUUGGUUUUUUUUUAAUCGGCAACAUCAUUCUCAAAUCAAUGUAAAAAUGUAUUUUCCAAGGAAAUCUACACAGCUGAGAUACAGACGUGAAAGUUUAGGUCAACUGUUAUUUAAUAAAAUUUUCUAGCCUACAGUGUUGUGCAUUUAAUUUUUAUUAUUAUUAUUAUUCAUGUAUUUUCGGGUCCUUGGAUUCCUCAGAUUAAAAAAAAAUACCAACAAGCAUUCAAA